AUGAAGCGCCGAGCGAGCGACGACGUGUGUGGCCACGUAGCCAGCGCGUCGCUGCAGCCUCCUUCGGCCUCGCAGGAUGUGUGCAAGGACGAGUGCAUGUGGUGCUUUGACUCACAGGACACGCCCACCGGCGUCGCUGUGUGCAUGCACUGCUUCCUCGCCGGGUGCCUUGCCCAAGCGCAUGCGGGCCGGCACUGCGAGCAGACGGGGCAUGCACUGGCGCUCUGGCUGCGGCGCACGCCCAAGCCCGCUGCGCCGAUCACGCGCCUAGCCGUCGUCGAUGUGCCGGACGACGAGCGGUACGACUAUGAGCGGCGCAUCGUGUGCAUGGCAUGCGACACGAAGCACGGCCGCGAGCUCCGCGACGUGCCUGCGCCCAUCCAGGCCGUCGCUACGGCGAUCGUGCAUGCGACGUCCCACGCCCACAAGGCCGAGGUGCAUGCAUGGGAAGAGGACAUCGUGCCGUGUGCGCACACUCAGGCUUUGGAGCAGGACGCGGUGGCGGCGCCGUCGCUCGGCGGCGAUGCGUCGUGUGCGCGCUGCGAGCUCACGUCGAACUUGUGGAUGUGCCUGCAAUGCGGGCACCUCGGCUGUGGCCGCGCGCAGUUUGGCGGCGUCGCCGGGCACAGUCACGCACUCGCACACUAUGAACAGACAGGGCAUCCCUGCAGCGUGAAGCAAGGCACCAUCACGCCCGAGGGCAGUGGCGACGUGUACUGCUACGCAUGCAACGACGCACGCAUCGAUCCAGCGCUUGACGUGCACUUGCGCGCGCUGGGCGUGCCUGUCGCCACGCUGAGCAAGACGGAAAAGAGCAGCACGGAGCUGCAGCUCGAGCAGAACAUCCAGUUCGAUUUUCGCAUGGUCGACGACGAAGGCCAUGCCAUGCGCCCCGCGUAUGGCCCAGGCCACACGGGCAUCCAGAACCUCGGCAACAGCUGCUACCUCGCCUCCAUCAUCCAGGCCGUCUGGUCGAUCCCGGCGUUCCGUGAGCGGUACGGCCACGAUGCGGGCGCCUGUGCGUCGCCGUGGGACCUCGAGUGCCAGCUGCGCAAGCUCACGGAUGGACUCGGCUCAGGGCGGUACGCGGAAGGCGACGCGCCGCGCGGCAUCCGCCCCGCGAUGCUCAAGGCAUGCCUCGGACGUGGGCAUCCCGAGUUUGCGAGUAUGCGGCAGCAGGACGCCGAGGAGUUUCUGCAGCACCUCGUCACGGUCCUGCGGCGCGAGUCGCAUCCCGAGGGCGAUCCGACGCGCGUGUUUGGGUACGUCCUCGAGCACCGCUUGCAGUGCACGGCAUGCCGCCGCGUGCGGUACACGGAAGAGGCCGUCGACGUCGGCGUAGGACUCCCUGUGCCGGUGCGCGGCACGGACGGCCACUACGAGGACGUGUCGCUCCGCGAGAGCUUCGACGCCCUCGUCGCGCCCGACACAAUCCAGUAUACAUGCCCAUCGUGCGCGCGCUCCGUCACAGCGACGAAGCAGACGCGCUUUGCGACGCUGCCGGACGUGCUCGUCGUCCAAGCCCAGCGCUUCCAGCUCGUGAACUGGGUGCCCCAAAAAAUGCCCGUGCGCUUCCAAGUGCCGCUCACCGAGUCGCUGGACAUGAGCACGUACCUCGGACACGGCCAGCGCGACGACGAAGAGGCGCUGCCUGACGAAGGCCACGUCGCCGUCGAUCCUGAGGCUAUGGCCACGCUAUCGAGUCUCGGGUUCGCCGACGCGCAAGUGCAGCAGGCGUGGCACGCCACCGGGGGCGACUUGGAGGCCAGCGCUCAUUGGCUCCUCGAGCAUGGCGCCAGCGUCGAUGAGGGCGCGACACCACUCCAAGCGCUCCAAGACAUGGGCUUUUCUCACGCACAGUCCCGCAAGGCCCUCCGGCUGCACGGCGACGUCGAAGCGGCCGUCGCAUGGCUGUUUGACAACCCAGACGACCCCGGCGACGACGACACCGCCGAGCCCACACCGACGCAGCGCCUCGGCACGCGCUCGCCCACGACGUACCAGCUCAUGAGCUUCGUCACGCACCGCGGGCCAUCCGUGCACAGCGGCCACUAUGUCGCGCAUGUGCGUGACGACACAGGAUGGGUGUUUUACAACGACGACAAGGUCGUGCACGCGCCGAUGCAUGGCACGUCGUCCAGCGUGUCCGCCCUGAGCGACAUGGCGUACCUGUACUUUUUCCGACGUACACCCUAG